CCACGGGUCUUCGCUAUUUGCGCUAAUACUGUCUGAUAUCUUGAGCCGUUUUGAUUCGUAUCUGAUUAUUGUAUUUAAUAACAGUAAAGUGAAAUUAAUAUUGAAAGUUUUUGCUGGUAUCUAAAAAUGAGCUGCAAACCGAUUUACUUAAUUGGUGCUCCCAACCCGAACGUAUUUGGCCGUAAGUUGCCUACCGUUAAAGAGGUUAUGUCUGUGUUUUUUUAUCAUCAUGUUGUAUUGAUGGAAACAAUUAACAAAAGUUUGGUGAAUACCGUAAUAAAAGUUGAAAAGCAAUGGCAUUCUGCGGGGUUACCAAUUUGCAGGAGACAAAACGCUGUAAAAAAGUUGCGAAGUUUACAUUCUAAGUGGAAAAGUGUACAGAAAAAUCAAAAUAGAUAUGAUUCAGCAGCUCAAGUAAAUAACCAGUCUCGUUUUCAAAAGAAGUUGACUGAACUCUUUGAUAUUAAGGAUUCGAAAAGCGUUGACUCUCUAGAUCGUGACAAAAAAAUUUUUCUAGCGGGACAAAAAAGUUCGAAUCGAAGGGGAAUCAUUAAUUUAGAUUUACAACCAAAUACUCAAGUGGAAGAGAUGGUUGUUGAAGAAAUAAUACAGCCGGUAAGAGAUACUGAACUUCCUAUUACCAAGCAAGAAUCUGAUAUAAUAGCAUCUCAAUCAUCAGUAAGCUUAACCUCAAAAUCAGUAUCAGACUAUGAAAAUGAAUUAACUCCCCCUUUUGUUCCCAAAAUUAAAGUAAUGACACCAGAAUUGGUUGCUGCAUUAGAUCGUUCAAACGUUUCUAGUAGGAAUGCUAUGUAUAUUAUUUCUGCAACUCUGAAGAGCGUUGGAGUUGAUUUAAAAACUGUAAAUAUCAGCUAUAAGACUAUUCAGCGCAGUCGUAAUGUUUUACGUAAAGAAAUUGCAGAGGGGUUAAAAGAUGGGUUGAAGCUUGAAGCUAAUUAUAUUGUGCACUGGGACGGGAAGCUUUUAACCGAUAUCACGGGAACUGAUACUGUAGAUAGACUUCCAAUUAUUUUGACAUCAUGUGGUACUGAACAAUUGUUGGGAGUGCCGAAGCUGAAGUCAGGAAGUGCCAGUGAUCAAGCAGUUGCCAUUCUGGAAACUCUCAAGCAGUGGGGUGUUAGUUCAUAUGUCAAAGGGAUGUGUUUUGACACAGCAGCUAUCAAUACAGGAAUUCAUCAAGGGACUUGUGCUGAAUUAGAAAAAGCUUUGAAUCAAGAGUUGAUCCAUUUACCUUGUCGCCGUCAUAUCUUUGAGCUUGUUUUGAAAGGAGUGUUUGAGGUGUAUUGGCCAACCACUUCAGGCCCAAACGUUCAGUCCUUUUCUAGGUUUAAGAAUAAUUGGGAUAAUCUCAAUAAAUCCAAUUUCAAGGUUGGAAUGGACGAUAGUACUGUUAAUGAAGUAUUAUCAAAUAGCAAACAAACAUUAGUAACCUUGAUUGAAGAAAAUUUACGGGUUUGUCAACCAAGAGAUGACUAUAAAGAACUUCUGGAGCUAUCGCUGAAUUAUUUGGGAGAAAAGCCAAAACCGAACUUUACGUUUAAAUAUCCAGGUCCAGUUCAUCAUGCUCGUUGGAUGGCGAAAGCCAUUUAUUCGUUAAAAAUUUUUCUCUUUAGAGAAGAAUUUAAACUAACAGCGCGAGAAUUCAAUGGCUUACGUGAAGUUUGUAUUUUUCUCGUUAAAAUUUAUUUAAAAGCUUGGUACACUGCUCCAUCUGCGAUUCUGGCACCAUACAAUGACCUGACCUUCAUGCAAGACUUAGUUGAGUAUAAAACUGUGAACAGCUCCGUAUCAACAGCAGCUUGUUCAAAAAUGAUAAAUCACCUGUGGUAUUUGAGUGAACAGUUGGCCAUUAUUUCUCUUUUUGAUGAUAAUGUGCCUCUACCCAUUAAACAGAAAAUGAUUCAAGCUUUGAAUAAAAAAGAAAUAAACACUAAUCCAAAAAAAAAAAAUUUAAAUUGAACCAGGAAAUUCAGACCAAUUCUUAUCACUAGAUCUGAGUGACUUUAUUUCGAAAAAGUCAAUGACUAUAUUUCAAACAUUCGAUUUACCUACUGACUUCAUUGACAAAAAUGUGGAAUCUUGGUCACAGGAUGAAAGCUAUCAAGAGAAUCAGGAAUUUUUUAAGAGUCUCAGCGUGGUCAAUGAUGUAGCAGAAAGAGGUGUUGCUUUAAUAGAGGAGUACAACAAAUGUCUUACCAAAAAUGAAGAACAAUUGCAAUAUUUAUUGCAAGUUGUUAAAAAUCACCGACAAAAAUUUCCCGAUUGUAAGAAAAAGAUUUUAGUUUUAUUUUGAUAUAAUG